ACACCCAGAAUAUUGAGAGUUAAGGUGCUACUUAAACAGAUGCAGGGUUUUGUGAUGGGUGCGUUUUUGACGGAUCCAAUGGGAUCAGGAGUGUGUGUUAGGGCUGUCGCCUAGAAUAUUCUUACAUUCUCAAGAGGAUAUAUCGGAAUUCGGCAGGAAGGAAGGCUGGGUCGGGCAUGACAAAUUGGAGCAAACGGAAGGGAUGUGAGUGCGUGUUUGUUUUCCUGAGAGAGUGACGACGACGGCAAGAAUUUAAUUAGAACCCAGUCUGGGCAACGACGUUCGGAACAGUGAUGAUUGUGCUAGCAAAGGAUACGGUUCACAAGGCAGAAGCUCCUCCAAGUGAAACAAUCUUCAACAUACUUGAGCCGAUGGCAGUCCUGUUUCAUCAUCCGCUAAAAGUGUUAGCAGCAUCCUCUCGCGAGGGAGCUCGCACGGCCUCUGACAUUCCGAGUGGUGUGUGAAUAUGUGACACUCUCCAAACACGAGAAGCUGGUAUGUGCUUUGGGAAAUGGAUGGUUCCAUUUCCCACUACUAGCUGUUGCUCCGCGCCGAAGAUCCUUAUCUGUGAGACACAAAUAUAAGUUUCCCUCCUACUGUGCAUCUCCACUAUAUACUAAAAGACAAUCCCAAACAACCAUCUGUGGCAUACGAUAGUGUUAGUGUUGCAAACUUAAGAGUUGCUAGCUAAAAAUAAGUGAUGUAAUCAACUAUAAAUCGAAAACAAGCAUAAGCUUUGGCGAAUAUUGUUGUGAUAAGUGGGAAUUAAACGAAGAGUGACGUAAUUUUCUUGUUUUGAAAAAUGGCCUUACAGAAAAAGUUGUCGAACAACGAAUUCGAGUUAACCUCGAUUAACAAAAUGAGCAACAACGGUAACGGUAGUACCAUCGCCAACAGCAACACCAACGAUCCUAACGGAAACGGAAUUACAGGUAUCAUCACCAACGGUGCAAGUGGCGCUACUGGCAGCAAUAAUAACAAUAACAACAGUAGCAUCAAGAUGCAGCCGAAGAAGAUUCAGUUCAGCACCCCGGAGUUUAGCAUUACUCCCAUUGAGACGCUGCCCGGAAGCACGGCACGGCCACCGCUGAGUCGAAGAAGGGAAGAAGCCAUCGUGAUGGCCAACCUCCGGAAGCGGGUCGCUGCCGUAGAUCUGAACAAGGCCCCUCGCAGAAACAAUACCGCCACCAACUUGGACGACAUUAGCUUCAACGACACCGGCCAGACCCAGGACCAGCUGGACAAUCGCCCACUGCUUCCGAAGUCCCUGGGAAAUUCCACUCCGGAUCGCAAAGACCGAUCGAAGAAUGGGGCCAACGAAGGGGGAGAGGAAUCCCCCAAAGUGAAGGUGGUGAUGGAUAAGGAUUUUAUCUUUGAGUGUUUGUGUUGGCAUAACGAGUACCGGAUGCGACACGGUGCCCCAGCAUUGAGCAUCUCAUCGGAGUUGUGCGAGUAUGCCACGGCGUGGGCGAACCAUUUGGCCAGCACCAAUGAGCUGUACUACCAAAUUCGUACCAACUACGGGCAGAACAUUUUCUGCUGUCCCGCCAAUUCGCUGCUCACGGAUCUGUCGGGUCAAGAGGUGGCCACGUACUGGUACAGCACCAGCCGGAGGUACGACUACUUCAAAGAGAGCCACCUGCUGCACACCAACGUCAACACCGGUCACUUUAGCCAGAUGGUGUGGCGAGCGAGCAAGUACUUCGGCGUCAGUAAGUCCAUCUCCAAAACGGGCAAACUGUUCGUGGUGGCAUACUACUACCCGUCCGGCAACGUGAUGGGCGAGUUCCACCAGAACGUCCUGCCGCCGAUAGUGGCCACCGACGAUCCCCACCUGUCGCGACCACCCUCGAGCAAGGAUCUGGAAAAUCUGAGUGCUUCCCACUGAGUAAAUAAGAAACGGUGUUCCAUUAUGUAACAUAUAAGAUACUUCCUAAGCCACCAACUAACCGCAUGGAUUUCAUCGUUUUUAAAGAAACUAGCCCAGUCACGUGUACAGCAGCCGUUAUAGCAACGAAGCAACGUUGCACACGAUUCGUUUCCGCGCCUUUCCGUUCGCUCGCUUAGAUCGUUAGUGUGACAAAACCAAAUGCAACCAUGAGCUUGAAACAUAACCGUUAGCAAUGCAUUACUGACUCUAUAAAUACAACAAAAACAAAAACUACCAAACAGGCCAAAUAGUGAAACAUUGAUAAUGGCUUGCGCCAACCGUAGCAUAACUCUACUCUGUAACAAAGUGAUUUAUUACGACAAACCUCGCGUUAGGCUGCCCGCACACACACACAACUAAAUGCGUCUUUCUCCGUUUUGGACCGUUCAUCUUUCAGCUUUUUUUUAAGUGCUCAAAGUUAAAGAUAGCAGCAUACAGGAAGGCAUUAUUGGUAGAAAAUAACCGCUAUAAAACUCAUUAGACUGCUUUGCCGAGUUGUGAUCGUUGUUAGGGAAUGUGAAUCGAAGUAAGUUGAUGUUGAGGAAUAAGGAUAAAUCUGGAUUUAAGGUACAUAGUUUUGGACAAUCUAGCUACAAAGGAUCGUAACCUGAGAACUGAAGAGGUGCUUGUAGUGUGAAAGGUGGGAGAUGGCAACUAAAUUGAAAGAAGAUGUGUAAGUGAUGAAGGUUGGGCGAGGUGGAUCUGAUAGGUCCAAGCACUCGUUGACUACAUACGCA